CUUGGAUUCGCGCGUGCGCACGGGGAGCCGCUGCUGAGAUAACGCGCGCUAGACCGCACGAGGUGAAGGCGCAAUGGAGGGCUCGGCUUCUACCCCGGCGUCCGCUGCCUCAACCGCAACAUCGUCUUCGACUGUAGCGACCCCCGCCUCACUCGAGCAGCUGAAUGAAGAGCAGAUUAAAAAGGCUGUGGAAACUCUCUUGGCACAUUCCAAAUCCAGGAAGAACGCGAAUGGAUUGCUUUUGAAUGAGAAUGAAAAUUUCUUUUUAAUGGUGGUAUUAUGGAAAAUUCCAAGUAAAGAACUGAGGGUCAGAUUGUCCUUGCCUCAUGGUAUUCGAUCAGAUUUAACAGAUAUCUGUUUAUUCACCAAAGAUGAACCCAAUUUAACUCCUGAACAGACAGAACGUUUUUAUAAGAAGCUUUUGAACAAGCAUGGGGUUAAAAACAUUUCUCAGAUUAUCCCCUUCCGAACUCUAAAAAAGGAAUAUAAAGCCUAUGAAGCCAAGCUCCGCCUCUUGGGCAGUUUCGACUUCUUCAUUACGGACUCCAGAAUCAGGCGGCUCUUACCCUCACACCUCGGGAGGCAUUUCUACAACAGAAAGAAAGUUCCGGUAUCUGUGAACCUUCAGGCCAAGAAUUUGUCCAGAGAGAUCAGUGACUGUGUUGGGGGAACUGUCCUAAACAUCUCGAAAAGUGGUUCUUGCAGCACCAUCCGCAUCGGGCACACAGGGAUGCAGGUUCAGCACAUCGUUGAGAACGUCCUUGCCGUGGCAAAAAGGCUCUCCCAGGCCCUGCCAGAGAAGUGGGAGAGCGUGAAGCUCUUGUACGUGAAGACGGAGAGGUCGGUCUCCCUGCCUGUCUUCUCGUCGUUUGUCAGCAGUCGGGGCGAAGCGAAGGAACUGCGCGCCGCAAAUCAGAAGAAAAAGGAAGGAAAGAAAAGCCAAAAGAAGAAAGAACAUCUUAAAACACAACAGGAGAAAAAGGAAACCACAAAGCUGAGGAAAAAGGCUGGGAAGGCUGCAUCAGCCCCAAGUGUAGAUGAUGCUGCUGCUAAAACUGGCGGUGCUCCAGCCAAAGGCCCUGGCCCCCAGAAGAAGGCCAGUAGGGUGAGCGCCCCACCUAAAGCGCAAGACGAAUCCGAAGAGGAAAUCCCGCUGCUGGUCCCACUGAAGGAAACUCCAGCUGCAGGAAGCGUGGAGAUACCCAAAGAUGCCACCAGAAAGAAGUCUCCAAAAAAGAGACCUAGUCAGAGUCCUGGUCCCAACACAUCUCGUGGGAAGAAAAGAAAGGCCCCCCCAGCUUCAGAGACCCCAGCAGCUUCAGAGACCCCAGCAGCUGCAGAACCCAAGACCCCAGCUAAAGGCCCAGGAAAGAAGGCAAGAGUCAAAGAAGAGGUGGAGAAAGAAAGAAACUCUUUGCUGGGGAAAAAAGACCCACGGCAGACUCCCAAAAAGCCAGAGGCCAAGUUCUUCACUACCGCCAGUAAAUCUGCGAAGAAAGCUCCCCGUACCCCCAAACAGUGGCCAAAAAAACCCAAAGUACCCCAGUCAACAUAAACUCAGAGACUUAACCAGCAGGAAACUCAUCAGAGCUAUCCAAAGAGCUUUUUAAAAAUACCUGGGUCCUGACCCCCGUUGCAACCUCUGAGUGAGACCUAGACUUAAAUGUUUUUUAAAACCUCCAUAAUUAAUUGUGCUACAUGUUCAUGGGUGUAAGAACCAAUAGUUUGCAGUAAAUGGAGUUCAUUGCUUUUCUGUGUGUUUACUAAUGUAAUAGAAGGAAAACACAGUG